CCAUCACGCCGUUCGCUCAAAACCUUUGGUGGUUCUGACGCGCCUAAACUCUCGAAAAGUUGCGAGAUGUGUAAUUGAAGCACCCGGACCAAACAACAGUCUGUGUCCCGCGCGUGACUUACCUUCAUCGAUACUCAUUCUGCACGCGCUGGACCCGCUUUAUUUCCUCUGAUCUGAAUUGGCUAGAUCCUUGAGUAUCUAGCGCAACGGCCAUGGCAUCUCACUUACCUCGAGCUGGGCGCUACGGCGCACAACUUCACCGGUAUAGCGGCGUGAGAUGCCCUCUUCAGACUUCGUUGCGGCGAGCUCUGUCAUCAGCAUCACUUGUUCCAAUGAAACAUCAAGUACGACCCAAACAACUCAUCGUAUCUAAGAACUCACCAGCAUAUCGACCUACGACCAAAAGUUCCACUCCUUUCGUAGCACAUGCCUCGUGCAUAGCGACUGUGGCACCAGAGCCACCAACCAGGGCAUUACCGGCAUACAAACCACCUACGACCGGCCUAAUCUCCUAUCUACCUGCGAAAACCAUUCCAUACGCUGAGCUGAUGCGAUUACAAGCACCCGCGGGGACAUACUACCUGUUCUUUCCAUGCGUCUUUAGCACAUUGUUAGCCGGUGCGAUGGCAGUGCCCGUUGCUGCGCCAUCAGCUGUCCUCGGCACAACAGCACUCUUUUUCACGGGGGCACUCAUUAUGCGAGGAGCAGGAUGUACUAUUAAUGACCUUUGGGAUCGCAAUCUUGACCCUCAUGUCGAACGCACACGACUUCGUCCUCUUGCGAGACGAGCAGUAACUCCCCGACAAGCCAUCGUCUUCCUUGGUGGCCAGCUGACUGCCGGCCUGGCAGUUCUGGUCUCUCUACCUUGGGAAUGCUUCUGGUACGCCACACCAUCUCUUGUCCUUGUCACUUUAUAUCCGCUAGCAAAGCGUGUCACCUAUUAUCCACAGUUUGUUCUUGGCCUCACUUUCUCUUGGGGAGCUAUGAUGGGCUUCCCGGCGCUUGGUAUCGAUCUUAUCGCCAACCAGGCCGCACUGACUGCCGCUGGCUUUUUGUACGCUAGCAACGUUGCCUGGACUGUGUUGUACGAUAUGAUCUACGCCCACAUGGACAUCAAAGAUGAUGCCAAGGCUGGCAUCAAGAGUAUUGCGCUCAAGCACGAUAAGGAUACGAAGGCAGUCCUAUCAGGCCUUGCUGUUGUGCAAAUCGGACUCCUUGCCGCCUCAGGUUAUGCUGCAGGUCUCGGUCCCCUCUUCUACAUCGGCUCUUGUGGAGGUGCUGCGCUUACACUCGGCACCAUGAUCCGCCGUGUCAAGCUGAAAGAUGUCAAAAACUGCUGGUGGUGGUUCGUGAAUGGCGCAUUCUUUACUGGAGGUGUGAUCAGCCUUGGCCUGGCUGGUGAGUACGUUGCGCAUCUGUUUGGCUGGUAUGAUGAGGGUGAGAAAAAAGUCGAGACGCCGGUAAUGGUUAGUAGUUAAACUACCUGCACGCAGUGACAAACAUUACGAGGUGGGAUGAUGUUUGUGUGACACAUCAACGUGUAUAUCAAUGAGUCCUCACAGGAGCGGGGAGCCUCAGGAGCAUCACACUCCAAUGUACAACAUCAUCACACUCCAAUGUACAACAUGAAUAUCGAAUGCAACAAUGUAAUACACUUUCA